AUGACCCGUGACGAUCUCUUCAACAUCAACGCUGGUAUCGUCAAGGGCCUCAUCGAGGUUGCCGCCGAGGUCGCCCCCAAGGCUUUCAUCCUUGUCAUCUCCAACCCCGUCAACUCUACCGUCCCCAUCUCCGCCGAGGUCCUCAAGUCCAAGGGUGUCUUCAACGCCCAGCGCCUCUUUGGUGUCACCACCCUCGACAUCGUCCGCGCCGAGACCUUCGUUGCUGAGAUCGUCGGCAAGGCCAACCCUCAAGAGCUUACCGUACCCGUUAUUGGUGGUCACUCCGGCGAGACCAUCGUCCCUCUCUUCAGCAAGGUCACUCCUUCCGUCACCAUCCCCGAUGACAAGUACGAUGCUCUUGUCAACCGCGUCCAGUUCGGUGGUGAUGAGGUCGUCAAGGCCAAGGAUGGUGCCGGUUCUGCCACCCUCUCCAUGGCCUAUGCCGGUUACAGAUUCGCUGAGAAGCUCCUGAAGGCUGCUGCUGGUGCCAAGGGCCUCGUUGAGCCCAGCUACGUCUACCUCCCCGGUGUCCCCGGCGGUAAGGAGAUUGCCGAGAAGACUGGUGUCGACUUCUUCUCCGUCCCCAUUGAGCUCGGUCCCAACGGUGCCGAGAAGGCUAUUGACAUCCUUGGCGACAUCACCGAGAAGGAGAAGGCCCUCCUCGCGGCCGCCGUGUCUGGUCUCAAGGGCAACAUCUCAAAGGGUGUCACCUUCGCCCACAACCCUCCCCAGAAGUAA